AUGCAAGGAGUUCGGCAAAGGUUGCAGUUGGUUGAUUCGCAUCUCGCUUCGUGCGCGAAAGGGCACUUGGGAGGUGAGGAGGUACAACGGCUGCACACUUUCUUGGCCACCUCCAUUUCGAGUGACCACCGACAGCUUGAUUACCAUGUUGUCUGUGUGAGGAUCUAUCUAUUGGUUAGGACGGAUGCUGCGGUUACGAUAAAGGUCUUGCAGGAAGCAACAGAAGCCAAUUAUGGAUCCAGGCCCAGUUACAGGAAGGUUUGGAUGGCAAAGAAAAAGGCAAUUACACAGUUAUACGGGGAUUGGGAAGAGUCGUAUACCGAGUUGCCACGUUGGAUGCUAAGGGUCCAGUCCACCAUGGCCGGCACAGUUACAGUGUUGAAGACUUCUCCGGUUCGUUUUGGGGAUCAGGUCGAUGAGUCUAAAGUCUACUUUCAUCAUCUUUUCUGGACAUUUCCACCCUGCAUUGAGGCCUUUCGACAUUGCAAGCCCAUCGUGAGCAUUGACGGUACCCACUUGUAUGGCAAGUAUGGUGGUACCUUGUUGCUGGCUAUAGUGCAAGAUAAGAACUCAAACAUCUUGCUGAUAGCAUUUGCACUUGUGGAGGGAGAAAAUGCGGAGCCAUGGUCCUUUUUCUUGUCCAACCUACGACAGCAUGUGACGCCACAUGAAGGUAUCCUUGUUAUCUCCGACAGGCAUAAUGGCAUCAAAGUUGCCCUGGAGGCACCCAAUGGUGGUUGGCUACCUCCACGUGCUUUUCAAGUGUUCUGUAUUCGUCAUGUGGCGGCGAAUUUUAGCCUGAGUUUCAAAGGUCAAGAAGCGAGAAGAAUGUUGGUGAAUGCUGCCUAUGCAAAGACCGAAGCAGAAUUUGAUUACUGGUUUGACAUUAUGCAGACUGAGAAUCCGGUUAUGUGUGAUUGGGCCAAUCGGAUGGAAUAUGACAAGUGGACCUAG